GACAAACCGGUGAGGCUUUACCCUCACCUCUUCCCGCUCUUUUCGUACGGGCGCUCGGGCUGUGAGGAGUCGUCCAGCCGAAGGCGCCUUCUUCCUGGCCGGCACUGUGCGGCCUGCCCCAAGCAAGAUUGCGGACAAAGAGAAAGCGGGCCGCCGCUCAUGGCCGACCAGGCUCAGGCACAAAAGCGGGCCGAGUCGCUCUCUCGAAGUCUUUUGUGUUGGAAGUGGCACAACGGUGGACGUGAAGUUGAGGGCUUCGAGGAUGAUCCCAUCACGAUCGUCCGAGUCGGUCACAGCGGAAUGCGGCCCUCGCAGGCCAUUGAGAGGCGACUCAGUCGCUGGCUGGGGCGGGUCAUGGCGGAAGAUCAGCAGCGGCUGGAGUUGGAUCAGCGGCGCCGCCGCAGAGCCAGGAGUCAAGAGGCCUACGAACGCUGGCUCCGGCAGAAGGAGGCUGAGGCCCAGCAGGUGGAAAUGCUUCAGGCAGAACAAAGUCGUCUCCUGGCUGCUUCAAAAGAGCGGCAAAG